AUGUCUAGCGAGGAUGCCUCUAUCGCAGCCCUCAGAGCCAAAAACCACGCGACAAUCGAGAAAUACCUCAAAAAUCCGGGUAUAUCACGCCUUGAAUGUUUUACCGAGGACGGAAUUAAAGAACUCACAUUUGCGACGCACCCUUCUAUUUUCUCGCCCGACAACGAGACCCCGAUCUCAUGGAACGGAAAGGAUGCUCUCCGAGAAACUUUCCAUUACAAUGAAGAGACCUUUACAGGGGAAUGGAAAACGCCGAAAAUCUACUCUACUCAAGAUCCGAAUAAAUUCUGGGUUGAAACAGCCCUGGAUGCGACUUAUGUCGUGAAUGGGAAGAAGAUACCCUAUCGGCAGCCUUACUACGUUAUGUCAUUUGACAUGGAGGACGGAUUGAUUCGAUUAUUCAGAGAGAUCAUGAAUCCACUUCAGGUCAUCAAGACUCAUGGAUGUCACGAUGCGGAGUUGCUUUUGAAACGGAACGAGCCACUCGAGUAG